AUGGGCAAAACCACUCCUCUCAUUCAAGACACCUAUGAAUUCCAAGACAUUUUUCAUCAUGUCUUUGGCUUUAUGGAAACGGCAGAAAUCUAUCCACUACAACGUGUGUCUUCCUUCUUUUUUCGAAUGAUUGAAAAACUGAAACAAUACUACAUCCGACCUGUCUAUGAAAUUGGCAUUGUUUCCCAUCACAAAGAUCAACUCGAAAGCUUUGUUCGUCAACAAUUGGGUUGUUCAUGCGGACUCGUGCCUACUCUCACUUUGGAAGAAAUUGAAAAAUUGAAAAAAGAAAAAAUCAAUGAAGCCUAUUCAAACUAUGGAUAUUAUGGAUACUAUCCAUCGCAUGGUGAUGCGAAUCAUUUCGACACAUCUAAUCUCAAUGAUGGAGAAACUCUGAAAAAUGUGAAUUUUUCUUCGAGUCAAAUUCACGUAUUUGAGAGAAUUGAAAGACACAUGAUUUUUAAACAGGAUCGAUUUCGAGUGAUUUUCUUUCCAUUGUUGUGUGAAAAAAAGACAAGUGUUGCUGUGGAUGAUUUUAAUCGAUUGGAAGGAUUCAUCUUUUUAAAACCUGAGCGAAUUGACUCUUUUGAAUCCAUGCCACAAGGUGCACAAAUUACUUGUGUGGUGUUGGAUGAUCAUUUCACAUUCGAAAACAAAGAAUUUGGAAAAAAGAUGGAUCACGAAACACCUUCUCGAUCGUCUCAAGACACAGAUCCAUCUUUGAUCAUAAUGCCUGUCAAAAAAUAUGGCUUUGUGAGCAUGACCAAAAAUGCAAGUCGAGAACAGAUCAAUAAUUCCUUAUUGGAAUGUCUCAUGUAUAUUAUGAAAAAUUCCAAUCGAUGUCUCAAGUUGGAUCAUUCGAUGAGCAGUGACGAAACCAACCUGUUGCUGCACGAACAAACCAAUGUCGAGAAUAGAUCGAACACCUCCUCGAACAUUUCUUCUUCAACACCAAAUGCCUCUCUAAAAUUAUUAGAUUUAAUUCAUCACAUUAUUUCAUGUAAAAUGGGACAUGAGGAAUUUUCUCAACAUUUCACACAAUUAUUUCAAAACAGAUAUUCACUAUAUAAUUUAUUAAUGACCAAAGAUAUUCGUUACAUGACCAAACGAUUAAGCUUUUUUAAUUUACCUUACCCUACUCAAGUGAAACUUUUAAAACGACUCUAUCAGGCAUUAAUUGCAACUUCCAGUUCCUUCUCGAAAAACAUAGGUCCUAUUCAAGUUCGACACAUUCAAAAUGAAUCUUUGGAUUAUAUUUCAGUCACCAUUUUACAAGAUUAUGUGUUUGAAGCCAAUUCAUAUCGCCAGUACGAUGAACGAGAGAUGCGAACUCAAACAGUGAAUAUUCAAUUUCACUUAUUAACAGAAAAGGUCAAUUUUGUGUAUAAAGAGUAUUCAGAAAGAGGGACUCUUUUUGGGAAGAAAAAUUGUAUUGUGUGUUGA